GGCUGCAGCAGCCCGGCGAGCCGCCCACCCGCGCAGCGGGGGCAUCGCCCCCACUCGCCGCUCCUGGGAGGGCGGAAAGGAGGCAGCGGCGGCGGCGGCGCCGGCUUUGUGCGCGGCGGGCGGAUCGCAGGCCGCGGCGGCGCGGGGCUCGCCUGCUCCCGCCCCAGCCCCAUGAACCAGCCGGACGGCUCCGCUCCGGCGGCGGCGGCGGCGGCGGCAGCAGCAGCGCAGGCUGACGAGAGCAACAGCAGCGGGCGGAGGAGCUCUUCCAGCAGGGAGUGUCUGAAGAGGAGCCCACGGAGCCCAAAAGCCGAGGGCUCCGACUCGGUGACAUCUCAGUCCUCCCCCAGUGAAGAAGCUGGAAUGAUGACUGAGGUGAAAGUGAAGACAGAGGUACCAGAUGACUACAUCGAGGAGGUGAUCUGGCAGGAUGACACCAAAGAUUCCAAGAAGAACAUCAAGGAUGGGCCGGGGGAUGUGCCUGCGGAGAUCUGUGUGGUCAUCGGCGGCGUGCGCAACCAGCAGACGCUCGAUGGAAAAGCAGUGGAACGUGGCUCUCCCGUUGGAUAUACACGAAAUCGAUAUUCAGGGACCUGGAUUUUUGACCAUGCAUUGAGAUACACGUCCGGGUCUUAUGAGUGUGGAAUAUGUGGGAAGAAAUACAAGUAUUACAACUGUUUCCAGACCCAUGUGCGAGCACACAGAGACACCGAAGCUGCCUCAGGGGAAGGAGCCUCACAAGGCAGUGCCCCUCUGGCUGCGGAAAGGGAGAAGAAGCCUCUCUCCAGAGCUGUCUUUGUGCUGCCCUGGGUGGAAUCCACAGAAACAAACAAUUUUAGGUACACAUGUGACAUUUGUGGGAAAAAAUAUAAAUACUAUAGCUGCUUCCAAGAGCACCGAGACCUACAUGCCGUGGAUGUUUUUAGUGUGGAAGGGGCCCCAGAAAACCGGGCAGACCCCUACGACCAGGCCGUCAUCACCGCCGACGACGUGAAGGAAGAGGAGCCCGAACCCUUCCAGAAGAUUGGGCCGAAGACUGGCAAUUACACCUGUGAGUUCUGUGGCAAGCAGUACAAGUACUACACUCCUUACCAAGAGCACGUGGCUCUGCAUGCCCCCAUCAAGUUCUCUCGAUCUCCACUCUUCGUGGCAGUGAAGACACAGACAAGCCAGUCCAGCAAAAAAUCUCCGGCGUCCAUAAACCGCUGUUCCAGCCUCCUGCACCGUGGCCCCUCCGGGGUCCCGCCCGCAUCCCAAUCCCAGAUGUUCCGCGCUCCAAAUUCCGGAUCCCCAGGAAGCAAGGCCAUCACAGCAGAAAGUGCUUUCAGCAGAAGAGUGGAAGGCAAAGUGCAAAACAACUUUGAAGAAACAAACAGCAAUUCCCAGAACUCCAGUGCUGGUCAUUCGGGGACAGAAAAAUCUAAAGAAAAGAGGUGUAAGCAGAACCCAUCAGAAACCGCAAGUCCCCUGAUUUCAAAUCCUUUCCCGCUUUUACAAAAGCCUUACACCUGUGGAGCUUGUGGAAUCCAGUUCCAGUUUUAUAACAAUCUCCUGGAGCACAUGCAGUCCCAUGCAGCUGACAAUGAGAACAACAUUGCCUCCAGCCAGCCCAGGUCACCUCUCCCUGUGGUUGAAGAAAAGUGGAAACCACAGCUCCAAAGAAAUAAUGCCAACAACACAUCGGCAAGCGGCUCGCUGGGGAACAGCGCGAUCCCGGAGAAGGAGCGGCAGAACAUCGCCGAGAGGCUGCUGCGGGUCAUGUGCACCGACCUCGGCGCGCUCAGCGUGGUCAGCAGCAAGGAGUUCAUCAAGCUGGCACAGACCCUGGUGGAUAGCGGGGCUCGCUACGGUGCCUUCUCCGUCACUGAGAUCCUGGGCAACUUCAACACCCUGGCUCUCAAGCACCUGCCUCGGAUGUACAACCAGGUGAAGGUGAAAGUCACCUGCGCCCUGGGCAGCAACGCCUGCCUCGGCAUCGGGGUCACCUGCCACUCACAGAGCGUUGGCCCCGACUCCUGCUACAUCCUCACCGCCUACCAGGUGGAAGGAAACCACAUCAAGAGCUACGUCCUGGGCAUUAAGGGCGUAGACAUUCGAGACAAUGGUGAUUUUAUCCACCACUGGGUGCAGAACGUGCUGUCGGAGUUUGUGAUGUCGGAGAUCAGGACGGUGUACGUCACAGACUGCAAGGUCAACUCCUCGGCGUUCUGCAAGGCGGGCAUGUGCCUGCGCUGCUCGGCCUGUGCCUUGAACUCAGUGGUGCAGAGCGUGCUCAACAAGAGAACACUACAGGCUCGCAACAUGCACGAGGUGAUCGAGCUCCUGAAUGUCUGUGAAGACCUGGCGGGGUCCACGGGCCUCUCGAAGGAGACCUUUGGCUCUCUGGAAGAGACCUCCCCGCCGCCCUGCUGGAACUCGGUCACUGACUCCCUGCUGCUCGUCCACGAGCGCUAUGAGCAGAUCUGCGAGUUCUACAGCAGGGCCAAGAAGAUGAACCUCAUCCAAAACCUGAACAAACACCUGCUCAGCAACCUGGCAGCCAUCCUGGCACCGGUGAAACAGGCCGUGAUUGAGCUGAGCAAUGAGAGCCGGCCCACGCUGCAGCUGGUGCUGCCCACCUACGUCAAACUGGAGAAACUGUUCACUUCCAAAGCCAACGAUGCUGGCGUGGUCAGCAAACUCUGUCACCUCUUCUUGGAGGCGCUGAAGGAGAACUUCAAAGUUCACUCGGCACACAAGGUAGCCAUGAUCUUGGACCCUCAGCAGAAGCUGCGGCCUGUCCCGCCUUACCAGCAUGAAGAGAUCAUUGGCAAGGUCUGUGAGCUGAUCAAUGAGGUGAAAGAGUCCUGGGCAGAAGAAACAGAAUUUGAACCUUCAACCAAGAAGCCUCGUGCAGCGGGGGAGGCCACAGCAGCUCAGGAAGAAGAUUGGUUCGGGAAAAAUGAAGUCUAUGAUUAUUUGCAAGAACCUCUCUUCCAGGCCACCCCUGACCUGUUUCAGUACUGGUCAUGUGUUACCCAAAAGCAUAUGAAACUAGCCAAGCUGGCCUUUUGGCUCUUAGCAGUGCCUGCUGUGGGUGCCAGGAGCGAAUGUGUAAAUAUGUGUGAGCAGGCGCUCUUGAUCAAAAGGAGGCGGCUACUCAGUCCAGAAGACAUGAACAAACUCAUGUUUUUGAAGUCCAACAUGCUUUAAGACUGUCUUUUAAUUAAAACAAAACUUUAAAACACUGUUCCAAACAAAGAAAAAGAAAUUUAAGUUCUAAACACUGUGGACCUCAUUAUGAAUGCCCCUGGAAACCAAGUGCUUUUUUAUAUAUAUAUAUAUAAAUAUAAAUAUAUAUAAAAUUAAGUUUGAAAGGAAAGCUGAGCAUGGGAGAGAGACAGCCCUCUGCCAGGAGCGUGCUCCUUUCCAUAGAUAGUGUGUGGACUUGACAGACUUUCUAAUGUUUUCAAGCGGGCAGACGAAUGGGAGGCUGAUGUUCUAAAGUCUUCAGGCAGCUGAGAUCUAAAGUGACUUGAAGUUUCUUUUGUUUCUCCUCCAUCCCACCUUUCCUCUUGUCCCCUGGGCCAUCUUGCCAUGGAUAAUCAGACUCCAUUGACCAGACCAGUUCUGCACUGGACUUUGCUCCUUUGAAUAACUGUACACCUUGAGGGCACUUGGCUGCAGCCUUCUUGGCAUGGUGCACGAAUCAGAGCAGCUGUUUCCCAUCAACACUAGAAUCUUUAGAAAUCAGGAAGGGAGGUUUUAAGGUUUUUAAUUUUUAAUUUUAUUUUUAAACUUUUCAUAUCCUUUUUUUUCCCCAAAAACCAAAAGUUACUCCUCUGUCUCUACUCUCAGUUUUGAGUUUAACAUGGCAGCAAGUGAUUAUAAAUUUGAUUUCAAUCUAAGAGAAAUGGUUCAAGGCAGAAACUGUCAGUAGUUGUUACAUUUAUUGGCUUUAUGUUUUUUUACAGCAGAACUUCUUUUCUGAAAUCCCAGUGUUAAUUGACUUUUCUGUGAUUUGUGUACAUCAGGUGUUCUCAAACUGUUCUAGACUAGCCCAUUUGCAAUUAAAUCAUAUUCUUAUGGGAACCACGGCAGUUGUUUAUGUGGCAAAGCCUAGAAACCAGGAAAAGCAAAUGGUGACAGCACAGGUGGCUGUGGGCCACCAGUGAGCUUGCCAGGUCUGCCAGAGAACCCUUGUACCUAAAGUUUUUUUUGUAAAGAAGUGUCUCUGUGGCACACAAACCACCCUUCCCAAAGCCAAGGACAAACCAAGGUGUAUGAUUUUUCAGGGGAACAAAGCUCACCAGUUUUGUUAAACUGGGGUUUGAAGGAAGCUUAGAGAAGUGCAUGGGCUCAAAGAUCCUUCUGAAUGUAAGUGCUUCUGACUGAGUGCAAAGAAUAUCUUCCCAUUUUUGUUUGGAAUGGUUUCCUCUAGUGGCACGAAUGUCUUUUUGAUACCUACAGUGCAUUACACUACUUGUUCUAUUGCUGACCAGUUCUGGCCAGGAAGGCCACGGGCCCUGAAACGUUCACACGUAACUGGCUCACCCCAAAUGCAAUUAGAGAUCCCCUUAACCCCAAACCAUCUCAGUCACUCUGCUGUCCCCAAGGCCAGAGCUCCUGCAGACACAGCUCCUGGGCUGCUGGACAGGCUCUGCCAGGUUUGGUGCCUCUUGGACAAUUCCCAGCCUCUGGUGCCAAACUGUGCAUUUUUCACCACUAGGACUUGUCUCUCAGUGGAAAACUGGAGCAAAUUCCUGUUUUUUCAGCAGUCUCUCCUGCUUCCAGGAGCUCUGGAGCUGUGGUCCUGGUGGCAUGGGAGGGUCAGGAGGAGGGACUGGCCCUGCUGGGAGCAGGCUGGAGCCCUUCAGCAGCACGGGGAGUUUGUGGCUGGCUGGCAGUGCAGGGGGAGACUGGAGGCCCUCUCUGAAGUGCUGCUGUUGACCAGGUGUUAAACCAGGAUCCCUCCUGCCCAGCUCUGUCUGUAAGAGAAGUUGCAGGUUCCAAGACAUGAGAAAUAGCAAACCCAAUCUCUCAGGCUUUGUGUGCAGAUGCCUUGAACCCCAUGGGCACUCUCUGAUACCUGCACUGCCACAGGACUCAGGGGCACAGUUUGCACGCUGGACCCUUCCCCAUGCCAGGCUCACGAGGACAGACCUUGGCACCAGCUGUCUUGCUGUUUCCAGCCCUUUCA